AUAAGUGUGCGUCGGCGGGCCGCGCGUCCGGCGCAUGUGCGGAGGGGCGGCAUCCAACUGAUUCUCGGAGGCGACAGUUGACUUGUCCUUAUGUGUAUGGGAGCCAGAAAACCUUGCGAAGUUCGGACCAAGCAGUAGCUUCUUCCUCGACGUGGACAUGGCACAAGAGAAAAUGGACCUAGACUUGGAGCUGCUGCCGAGUUCAGCCACCACAGACAACUCGCUGAAACGAUCCAACAGCGCCCCUUUGAUCAGUGAGCUUGGUGAUAAUUCACAGGUAUUCCAAGCUGACACGUUAACAACUAGAAGAAAUAGCACAACGCUUAUGACCCAACAAUGUCUGGUCAAUGUGAAGCCACUGAAGAAUUCUAAGUCUGGGACUGACAUGACCGGAUUUGCAUCUUUGAAAGACUACCCUGGCUGCAAAGCGUUUUUGCCACCUUCUUCCGUUCCCAUUCCUAUUCAUGCUUCCUUUGGUCGCCUUCACCAAAUCAAACAGGAAGAAGGCAUGGAUUUAGUAAAUAGAGAAGCAAUGCAUGAAUGGGAGGUACAAACUGCAAGACAGUUAAGUCAGUCUUGGGAAGAAAGCUUGAAACUGAGUGCCAGUGGUUUAGAGAAACCAUCUUCAAAGUGCAUUGGUUUAAUUCCAGUACCCCCAGCACCUUCUCCCACCAGGGGGAUUGGGAAGCAAUAUUUUUCUCCAUCGUUACAAACUUAUGUGAAUUACACCGCUCUGUCUCCAAGUCCUAGUCCCAGUCCUACGCAACAAUUUCCAAUAAGAAGAAAUCAAAGCCCCACCAACACUAUUAGACCAAGUAUCUUUGGAUCAUUAAAAAGAAAAGGUGAAAUGAUAGCUGAAGAUCCGCCUAAGAGAUUUAUCGAAGGCACGACCAACAUGCUUUCUCCCGAUACUACCCAACAGUCUGAUGUGAAUGUUUGACUAUGAAUUCCUCAGAGUGACCCACAGCUGCCGGCACAAUGCCUAAUCCAGAAAAGACAUCAGUACAAUUGGAUGAAAUGAUAUCCUUCGACUCCACUGUAUCUGAAGCCCAAAGUAGGCCCAGAAGGGAGCCUAGGCAAGGCUUCACUAGGACGUCUUCAUCUUGACCCAGCCACAUGUCAUUCUGCAAAAACAAACUGGUUAGACAGCAGAGCAUUGCAAUUGCAAAAGGCCCAAAGCUUGUACUUCCCUUGCAGGUCAGACUGGUUUGUGGUAUAAUAUGUGGUUGUGGAAAAUGUAACUGGCACAGUUCACAUGAGAAUUCAGUGUAGACAAAUUUCAUGGUGACAUAGAAAAUAACAGUUUCCAGAUGUAGAACUCUCUCCCCCUUUGGGAGGCUUUGGAUUCCUAUUUGCUUCAGGCUACCCUUGGGCUCUAUAUCCCUUCGGACUUUGAAUACCGUGUUAUAAAAUAUGCUGUUGCAAAGUUA